GUUGUGUAUAUAAAGUCGAAUAAAGAGGUUAUGCUCCAUUGUCCGGAAAAGACUUCUUUUGCCGGAAACGGGAGACAUGUUUCUUUGUUGGUAACAUCGUUCAUACACCUCAAUCUGUUGCAAGGCUAGGCACUGAUAGCAACGAAUCUCGUGAUUCUCUUCGACCGUAAUGUCGAAGGAUAGCGGGGAGACAAAGCAUCUGACUCUUGAUGUCGAAUAAUAGGAGGUAUUGCAGAUCAGAGAGGCUAUAUCAGAAGGAGUCUCAAAAUGUCCACUCCUCGUGACUAGUCCAGGAAGGGAAGCUCUCUGAGUAAAUCUGCCGUGUCGGACGAGCGGACGUGAGCUGAGAACACUCAAACCCCUCAACGCGUAACAAUGUCAACAUCUCAGCAAAUCCUAGCUAUCCUAAGCCAAGUAAUGGAAGAAUUUGGCGACCGAUUGAAGAUACAUGGCGGCUCUAGGCUUCUGGUCAGCGACGGCACAAUCGCCAAAGCUCUAUACGAAGCUACCGAACAAGUCCGGACUCCAUAUGGUCCGACGUUAGCAGUGGCAUCCCAAGAACAGCCCGAUCAAGCACAAGUCGAAGGUAUCCCGAACGCAGAAGUUCUGGCCGCCGAUAAGCUGGCCAUGGAUCACUACACUCAUGCCGUCUUUGGAGUGAGUGGCGAGGAUCCCAAAUACAUUUUCGGCGGGAUCAAGCAUACGAUAUAUGCGUUGCAGCCGAAAGGAUAUGCGAUUGUUAUUGCGUUGAAGCAGGAGACGAAGCAAUCGGCCGAUGGGGAGUUUCAGGUGAGCUUGGACGAUAAGAUGAAGUAUCAAUCAAAAGGCAGAAUCAACAAUCUCGAGGAUUGUUUGUAUUAUGCGGGAUUUGAGCGUGGGCGGGUCAAGAGCUUUGAGAAGAAGGCCGAGGUGGAUGGAAAGGAGGUGGAGGCGCAGGUGUAUUUGGCCAUGAAGUGGGACCAAUUGACGGGGUGAGGAGAAUGGACUUUCUAGAUAUUAGGUAGAUGGUUGGCGCAUAUUGAUUAGAAGUGAAUGAAUACCUGACCG